AUGAUGCUGAGCAAUGAAUUACGGUCGAUGCUGGAACAAGCCAGUCAAUCAUUUCGCCCUGGUCACAAACCUGACGCUUCUAAUGUUCAAUUGCUACUAUGCGGUGAUUUUAAUUCUUUGCCCGACUCUGGAGUUAUUGAGUUUCUUACAUCAGGACGCGUCGCUUCAGAUCACCGCGACUUCAAAGAACUGACUUACAAAUCGUGCUUACAGAAAAUAUCUGGGUGCGAUAAGCCCAAUGAGUUUAUCCAUUCAUUCAAGCUCGCUUCUGCUUACAGUGAAGACAUUAUGCCCUACACUAAUUAUACGUAUGAUUUCAAGGGUAUAAUAGACUACAUUUUCUAUUCGAAAUUGAACAUGACUCCGUUAGGUAUUCUAGGACCAUUAAGCGCUGAUUGGUUUAGAGAAAAUAGUGUUGUAGGAUGCCCUCACCCUCAUAUACCAUCAGGUAAUUAA